CAUCAACAACACACACUGCCUUGUAAUUAUCUCAAACUUUAAGCCCACUUUCUCACCCAUUUUUCUAUAAAAACCUUCCACCCUUCAAAACCAUCAAUCCCUCCUUCCAGAAGUCCAAAGCAAAGUCAAGCCCGAACAAGCAAAGACUGACUUUGUUUUUUGGUUUUUUAUAUUUGAGAUCUUAAUUUUCCCGAGAAAAUGUCGGCGGGGCUUGGAAAAUGCUGUAAAAUCCGCCACAUUGUGAGGCUUCGCCAAAUGUUGCGGCGGUGGAGGAACAAGUCCCGCAUGUCGGCCAGUCGCAUCCCAUCCGAUGUUCCGGCGGGGCACGUUGCGGUUUGCGUUGGGACGAGCUGCAGAAGAUUCGUGGUGCGCGCCACGUACCUCAACCAUCCCAUUUUUAAGAGACUCCUUAUCCAAGCCGAGGAAGAGUACGGCUUCACUAACCAAGGCCCAUUGGCGAUCCCAUGCGACGAGUCAGUUUUCGAAGAAGUGAUCCGGUUUAUUUCUCGCUCGGAGUCGGGUCACUCCGGUAUGUUCGUGAACACCGAGGACUUUAAAGUGAAGUGUCACGUGGGAAGGAGUAAGCUUGAUUUGUGGACAGAAUCGCGACCUUUACUUCAUGGGUUUAAAGAAGUAGUGGGAAGAGAAAGACAACGGUUUUGAUUCUAUCGGGAUUUCGGACUCGGCUCCUGGAUAACUCGAGUCAACAGCUAGUUACGGACUACUGAAAUAAGUGAGGCGGCCGAGCUGAGGAGGUGGCAACUAAAUAUACCACCAUAUAAGUUGAUGAGGGAUUUUAGUUUUAAAAUUGCAUGUACUUGGUUGGGGGGGGGGGGUAAAGGAAAAUAGCUCCGGAGAACGUGUGGAGAUGGCAGAAAAGGCGGGUGAGUGAUCGCCGAGUCGUCCCGGUUCAAAUCGUAAUGGAAUUGGAGGCAAAAGAAAAAAGGUGAAGACGUUGUCACAGUUGAAUUCUUGAAGAAGGUAGAAGGAAAAAGGUGAUGAUUGUUAAACAAAAAAAACUGCUGUACAUUCUGUAAUUUAUUGAUUGAUGAAGUCAAAUAUUGUAGUGAUAUUCCGUUAA